GAGUUGUAGUUUGGCCACAGCUGGAGGCCCCCUGGUUGGGGAAACACUGGUCUGCUCCAUCCAGUGCAAGUCUGGACCAGGCCUCUAAAGCUGUGAUGAUGCAGAAGGCGGAGGAUGCUGCGCAGGAGGAGACAGCAAUGGCUUCUAGUCAGAGGAGGAGACCACAGGGUGUCUAAUCCUGAGCCGCAGCAUCCAGAGAAGGCGACAUGAACCUCAGAGAUGAAGAAAAGCAGAAACUGGAUCACUUCAUCACCGACCUGUCUCUACUGGGAUCACUACAAGGCUUCCGAUUCUUUCAGCCAUGGUUGAGGGGGAGAGAAGAGAUCUUACUGACCGUGGUGAAUGAUGAUCUGAGUUGUCCUCCUCCUCGCUCUCCGGGGUCUCUCAGCAGUGAGAUCAGUUAUCACCUUCCUACGUGUAGCAGUGACCAGUCCACACCACGCGGUUCUGUCCUGCUGCCUCCUGCGUCUCCGUGUGAUAGAGAAAUUGCCAUUCCGGAAACGCACUGCACUCUCUUUCUGCUGGCUGCGUAUGCCAAGUACGGGCGCCCGUAUGUGUGGGUGAGGUCCAACCAUCAGCGAUUCACUGGCACAGAACUCUGCGAUAGAGACUCGCCCCUGAUGCUGCCAUCAUACUGUGACUGGGACACUAAGGAUGUGGGCGUGUGGCACAUUGUGUGGGAUGUAGUCAGCACCUGUGUUUCCCCGCCCCCGAGGAACCCUCUGGCUGUGGACUUUGCCUACCUGAAAUCCCUUCCUCUCCCAGAGAGGUCGCUCUCAUCAGGGGCUUUGGUCAGUUUUUUCCAUAGUUUAUUGCUGAGAGAACCUCGGGGAACUCCGCUCUUUUCUUAUGUCUGGGAGGAGCUGGCAGAUCUCACACGUCUACACGCUCAAACCCUGCAGGACCUAAAGGAGCAGAACCUCAUUAAGAAUCUAAUCUGAAGACCUAAAGGAGCAGAAGCUCAUCAAGAAUCUAAUCUGAAGACCUAUGGGGGAGCAGAAGCUCAUCAAUAAUCUAAUCUGAAGACCUAUGGGGGAGCAGAAGCUCAUCAAUAAUCUAAUCUGAAGACCUAAAGGAGCAGAAGCUCAUCAAUAAUCUAAUCUGAAGACCUAUGGGGGAGCAGAACAUCAUCAAUAAUCUAAUCUGAAGACCUAAAGGAGCAGAAGCUCAUCAAUAAUCUAAUCUGAAGACCUAUGGGGGAGCAGAACAUCAUCAAUAAUCUAAUCUGAAAACCUAAAGGAGCAGAAGCUCAUCAAUAAUCUAAUCUGAAGACCUAUGGGGGAGCAGAAGCUCAUCAAUAAUCUAAUCUGAAGACCUAUGGGGGAGCAGAAGCUCAUCAAUAAUCUAAUCUGAAGACCUAUGGGGGAGCAGAAGCUCAUCAAUAAUCUAAUCUGAAGACCUAUGGGGGAGCAGAAGCUCAUCAAUAAUCUAAUCUGAAGACCUAAAGGAGCAGAACCUCAUCAAUAAUCUAAUCUGAAGACCUAAGGGGAGCAGAACCCCAUCAAGAAUCUAAUCUGAAGACCUACAGGGAGUAGAACCUCAUCAAUGAUCUAAUCUGAAGACCUAAAGGAGCAGAACCUCAUCACUAAUCUAAUCUGAAGACCUAAAGGAGCAGAAGCUCAUCAAUAAUCUAAUCUGAAGACCUAUGGGGGAGCAGAACCUCAUCACUAAUCUAAUCUGAAGACCUAAAGGAGCAGAACCUCAUCAAUAAU